AUCCGAUUUGCGAGAAGAUGUUAUAGACAAGAGACAUUUCUCUUUUCUCUAUGGGGAGUUCCUUUAUUGCCUGGUGAAGAUCACGAAGGUACGGAUGUUAUCCUCCUGAAGUUCUUACGAGCUCGAGAUUUCAAAGUUUUAGAGGCAUUCGAACUGCUUCAAAAAACAUUGAUAUGGAGGAAAGAAUUCGGCACUGACGGAAUUGUUGAAGAGGAUUUUGGACGUGAUCUGAAAAAUGUUGCUUUCUUAGAUGGUUCAGAUAAACAAGGGCAGCCAUUGUCUUAUAUGGUUUAUGGAGCAUUUAAAGAUAAAGAUUUAUAUCAAAGUAUGUUUGGGUGUGUGGAUUCGGAUAAGUUCGUAAGAUGGAGGGUGCAAUGCAUUGAAAGGGGAAUUGAGAAUUUGAAUUUUAAGGAUGGUAGAAUAAAUUCUAUUGUUCACAUUACAGACUUAAAGGCUUCUCCAGGACCAGACAUGAAGGAAUUGCAUUCUGCUAGCAAGAAAGCAAUCACAUUGCUUCAAGACAAGUACCCUGAAAUCAUUUACAUAAAUGUUCCAUUUUGGUACUACGCUUACCAUGCGCUAUCAUCACGAAUGCUAACUCAAAGAAUGAAAAACAAAUUCAUAUUUGCCCGACCAUCUAAAGUUGCAAAAACCCUUCUAAAAUAUAUAGCACCUGAAUACAUCCCAGUACAAUAUGGUGGACUAAAGAGAGAAAAUGACCAAGAAUUUACGCCUUCUGAUCAAGUUUCGUAUGCGACUGUUGAAGGAGGCACCAUUGAAACAAUCAAAUUCCCCUUCAGUGAGCCGGGGGUGACAAUUGUAUGGGACAUAACAGUGGUUGGAUGGGAAAUGACCUACCAAGAAGAAUUCAUUCCAGAUGAUGAAGGGUCGUAUAAAAUUGUAAUCCAAUCGGAAAGGAAAAUGUCAGCAACUGUUAGGAGCUCGUACUACAUUAAUGAACCUGGGAAAAUACAGAUAAUCAUUACUAACAACACUUUUAAGAAGAAGAAAAUUCUAUACAGAUCAGAAUUUAAACCUACUAUACCCAUGUAUGUUAAAACUAGAUAGUCAUUUCCAUUUUGUUUCUCUUAGCAGGAAAAAGCAUAUGUUGUGAAAAAAUUGUAGCUCUAUUGAGCAGAUUGUUAUUAUCUAUCCGUAAGAAGGCUAUUAUUGGGGCGUCACAUUCCAUUAGAGGAGCGUCACCUAAUAGGACAACAACGGGUCACCCAUAAAUAAUAUCAAA